AUGAAUGAAAAGGCAGAGAUGCGGGGAAGCUUGCGAGAGGGCACAAUCAAUGGAGCUAAAGGUGGAAGAACAUCGAGCAAAGACAGAAAAUUGACUUUGCAACAAGAUGUGGAAAGGUUGAAGAAGAAGCUUAGGCAUGAAGAGAACAUUCGCAGGGCAUUGGAGAGAGCUUUCAACAGGCCUUUGGGAGCUCUGCCUCGUCUUCCUCCUUAUCUCCCUCCCAAUACACUAGGACUUGUGGCCGAGGUGGCAGUACUAGAAGAAGAAAUUGUUAGGCUUGAAGAGAAGGUCGUACAUUUCAGGCAGGACUUGUACCAGGAAGCUGUCUACAUGUCAUCCUAUAAAAUGAAACUGGAGCAUUCAGCAGCUGUGAACAAUACAAGUCCAAACCAUAGUCCCAAACUGGCCCAAACAAUGGAUAAUGUUGAUAGACAAGGAAAAGAGAAUCCAUCCAGUACUAAUUCUUCAAAGAGCAGCAAGCAAUCCAUAUGUAAAGGCCAAACGGCAAAAACUCCAAUUAAGAAAAUUCCCGUUGACAAUAAAUCACUGAAGAAACGUUGGGAUCCUCCAAAAAAGAAGGUGAUAAACAACCAGCCAAUUGCAGGAGUAAGUAAUCGUAGUCUAUACGAAACACCACCAGGGGAUGAAAGCCCAAAUAUAAUCUCUGCAAAUAUUCUAAAGUGUUUAUCAAGCAUUCUCUUAAGAAUGAGUACUGCGAAGAAUCACUAUCAGGGUUCAGCAGGUGAUAUAACACCCUUUGGGGCUCUAAAAUCUGAAAACUGUAUUGAAGGAACAGAGUUUUGGGAUCCUUAUGGUAUCUGUUUGGAAUUUGGAAAGAGAGAUAUUGGUCCAUACAAGCAAUUACGUGCAACUGAAGCUAAAUCUUUCAAUCCAAAACGAACUGCAAAGUCCUUGUUUUUACUGCAUCGGUUGAAACUUCUUUUGAGAAAACUAGCCUGUGUCAACUUUGAGAACCUCAAUCACCAGGAGAAACUUGCAUUCUGGAUCAACAUCUAUAACUCGUGUAUGAUGAAUGCAUUCAUAGAAAAUGGCAUGCCAGAGAGUCCGGAAAUGGUUGUUGCCCUGAUGCAGAAGGCAACAAUAAAUGUGGGUGGACACUUCCUAAGUGCAACAACUAUAGAACAUGGCAUUUUAAGACUUCCUUAUCACUCGAAACUUACAUUAUCGAAGGGAGUGAAAAAUAAUGAAAUGACAACAAGAAGCAUAUAUGGACUGGAAUUGUCAGAACCCCUAGUGACAUUUGCUCUCUCUUGUGGAACUUGGUCCUCUCCUGCUGUGAGAAUUUACACGGCAUCACAGGUUGAGAACGAACUGGAAGUGGCCAAAAGAGAAUACUUACAGGCUGCAGUUGGAAUUUCAACAUCAAAGUUUAUUAUCCCAAAGUUGCUGGAUUGGUAUUUACUAGACUUUGCAAAAGACUUGGAAUCAUUGCUGGAUUGGAUAUGCAUCCAAUUACCAAGUGAACUAGGGAAAGAAGCCAUUAAGUUCCUUGAGAAAAGAAAAACCGAGCCCCUCUUACAAUUUGUGCAAAUUAUGCCAUAUGAGUUCAGUUUUAGAUACUUGCUAUGUACAUAAUUUUGCUUAUUGUUUUCUGUAUAUGGUUUUAUUGAUGU